UUCCAGUCCUGGAGGCUUCUGUUAUCCAGACAGAGCCGCGACGCGUUUCCAAGGCCAGUGCUUCUCCCAAGUUCACGGGGAACUUAGCCUGGUCUAGUGUCUGGAGGAACAAGUUGUAGCGCCAAUCGUGGCCAGCACAGCCUUGCCCCUACCCCACCAUCCAACCUACUCUCCUGCUUCAUUCCUCUCAGAGCUCACGGUCCCCAAACAGUGCACCUGCCGGAGGUACCAACACAGCGGGAGAAGUGGACAUGAGGUUGGCAGGCCCCCUUCGCAUCGUGGCACUAAUCAUCAUGAUGGGUCUCACCUGGAUCCUAGUCACCAUCCUCCUGGGUGGUCCUGGUGGUGGCCUUCCUCGAAUUCAACAAUUCUUCACCAGUCCAGAGAACUCAGUGACUGCAGAACCAAGGGCCAGGAAGUACAAGUGCGGCCUGCCCCAGCCAUGUCCUGAGGAGCACCUAGCCUUUCGCAUGGUCAGCGGGGCUGCCAAUGUCAUCGGGCCCAAGAUCUGCCUCGAGGACAAGAUGCUCAUGAGCAGCGUCAAGGACAAUGUGGGCCGUGGGCUGAACAUCGCCCUGGUGAAUGGGGUCAGUGGUGAGCUCUUGGAAGCCAGAGCCUUUGAUAUGUGGGCUGGAGAUGUCAAUGAUCUCUUGAAGUUCAUCCGGCCACUGCAUGAAGGUACCCUAGUGUUUGUGGCAUCAUAUGAUGAUCCAGCUACAAAGAUGAAUGAAGAGACCAGGAAGCUUUUUUCUGAGCUGGGCAGCAGGAAUGCCAAGGAGCUAGCCUUCCGUGACAGCUGGGUGUUUGUGGGAGCCAAGGGUGUGCAGAACAAGAGCCCCUUUGAGCAGCAUGUGAAGAACAGUAAGCACACCAACAAGUAUGAGGGCUGGCCAGAGGCCCUGGAGAUGGAAGGCUGUAUCCCUCGAAGGAGCAUGGCGGGCUAGCACAACAGAGCUCUGGGACCAGACUGAAGGAAGCAGCAUGGUACCAAUGUAGGGUGGAAGCCUUGUCCCAUGCCCAGGCAUGAGGCUCCCCCACCCCAACACAUCAGGGCUCAAAAGUGGCCUCAAGGUGAUGGGGGCUGCAGAGCUGGCCCAUUUUGCUUUGUCAUGGAGCUUAGGUAGUUGUGUCCCUGUUUUCCUAAAGUUGAUCCCACAGUCAGUUCUACCCAGCCCCUUCCUCUGCCCCUCCUGUGUCAUCUUCUAUUUCUUGAGUGACCCCAGAGGCAAGGGUCUUCAAGUGCUUGCUCCUUUCACUGGAGCAGCCAGUGGGUAGGUUGGGACAUCUUCCAGAACCUUUCCCUCCCAGAGGCACUGCACUGCCAUCCAACCCAGUUUUCAGUGUGAUCCUUUUUAAAUACACCAUAUCAAGAGUUUAAUCAGAUCACUUCUAUAAACCUGAGUGGAAGACUGGCCUUUAGUGCCCAAGUAGCUGGAAUACAAUCAAAGUUCCUCACAAAGUAUAUGGCAAUAUGCAGUUUGUCAGAGGGAUCACCUUCUAAAUGACAUGUUUGUUAAUAAACUAAUCAAUUGCAGUGGAAUAAAAUGCAUUCAGAUGUUGUCAUCAGUGGAAAGUCAA